AUGGCACCAGGUUCAGUUUCAUUAACUAACAUCAUCCACAGAGCCCUAGGCUCUGACUCGCCUUCAGAAAGCCACGAAAAACUCAUCGAGAAGUACCUUGAAAAAACCACUUGGAAGGGAAACGAAAAUGCCAACUCUACUUACUCUCAUCAGGGUCUAAUGCAAUACCUCUCGGCCAAAAUCAUAUCUGACUACUGGUUGAACAAGUUAUACGGAGAAGAGGUUCGCCGCUAUGCCGAUGAAAAUCGGUUCCAUAUUCAUGAUUUGGGAUUCCUCAGUGCCUACUGUGGUGGUUGGAGUACAGAGGACUUACUUCUGCAAGGAUUUGGUGGUGUUGAGAACAAGGUGCAAUGUCGUCCACCGGGUCACUUUAAUACCGCUUUGAACCAAGCCGUGAACUUCUUUUUCACACUUCAGGGAGAGAUGGCAGGUGCUCAGGCUUUGUCUAAUUUUGAUACUUAUAUGGCUCCGUUCAUUCGCAAGGACAAAUUAAGUUAUAAUGAUGUCUUCAAGUACAUUCAAAGUUUCGUUUACUCCUUGAAUGUUCCUACUCGAAGUGGAUUCCAAGCUCCUUUCACUAACCUUUCUCUUGAUCUUGUCUGCCCAAAGAUACUUGCUGGUCAUGCUGCCAUUAUUAGUGGUAAAUGUCACGAGUCCUGGGUCUAUGAUGAUUUCCAGGUGGAAAUGGAUAUGUUUAACCACGCUUUCUGUGACGUGAUGGUUGAAGGUGACGGAAAUGGAAACAUCUUUUCUUUCCCAAUUCCUACUUACAAUCUUUACGAAGGUUUUGAUUGGGAUGCUCCUCGUCAUGAUCCUAUUUGGGCCAUGACGGCUAAAUAUGGUGUUCCAUACUUUGCUAACUUCAUCAACAGCAAUUUGAAUCCAGAUGAUUUCCGUUCUAUGUGCUGUAGACUUCGUUUGGAUGUCAGCGAGUUGAAAACUCGUGGUGGUGGUAUUUUUGGUUCCGCUCCUCUUACUGGCUCUGUUGGUGUCGUUACUAUUAACCUACCAAAUCUUGCCUUACGUACCGGAACAGAAGAGACGUUUUUUGAAAUCUUGGACGAUACCUUAAGAGUUGCUAAGGAUGCCUUGGAGGCAAAGCGUAAGGUCAUUGAUGAUCACCGUGAGUUGUAUCCUUACGCUGCUCACUACUUGAAAUCUGUGUACGAAAGAACGGGCUCCUGCUGGUCAAAUCAUUUCAAUACUAUCGGGGUUAUUGGUAUGAAUGAGGCAAUGCAAGUUCUUUUCGGACAUGGAAUUGCCGGGGACAAAGUAUUUGCGCAAUCUGUUCUUGAUUAUAUCAAGACGAGGCUUAAAAAGUUCCAAACCGAAACAGGCCAUUUCUUCAACUUGGAGGCAACUCCAGCUGAAAGUGCUUGCUACAAACUUGCUCGAAAGGACAAAGAGUUGUUUGGUGCUGAUCUACCUACUUUCUACACCAAUUCGACUGCUCUACCUGUUGAUGCCACUGACGAUAUUCUUGAGGCUGCUGAGCACCAGGAAAGUCUUCAAUGCAGUUACACUGGUGGUACUGUCUUUCAUGCUUUCUUGGGAGAGAAAUUGCCUAGUGGAGACCAUGCUAAGAAUCUUGUGAAGAUGUUGGCUACCGGUUACCGUAUUCCUUACAUUACCUUGAGUCCAACUUUCAGUAUUUGCAAGAAUCAUGGCUAUGUUUCGGGUGAGACUCCAAAAUGUCCAAAAUGUAACGAAUCGACUCUCGUCUAUUCUCGUAUCGUUGGAUAUUAUCGUCCUACUAAGGAUUGGAAUACCGGAAAGAAGGAUGAAUUUUCUAAGAGGAAGUACUUCAGCCAAGAUAAAGUGCCCGUCGCUGGUUUCACCAAACAGACUUUAACGGACUAUCCAGGUAAAAUUGCUUCUAUUAUGUUCACGUCUCGAUGCAACCUUUCUUGCCCUUGGUGUCAUAACGGAUCUAUUGUUCGUGGCGAAAGGGAUAACAUUACUUUACAAGAUGUCGUUGAUUCUGUUCAAAAGUCCAAGCACAAAAAUCUUGUCAUUUCUGGUGGUGAACCUACUAUUCACAAGGGACUUAUUCCUUUCUUACGUCUUCUUAAACGUCUUGGAAUUAGUGUUAAGCUUGACUCAAAUGGAACCUCUCCUGAUACCCUACGUAUUAUAUUUUCUGAGGGUUUGAUUGAUUUUAUUGCUAUGGAUAUUAAAUGUGCUUUGGAGAGAUACAAAGAGGUCGCCGGACACGCUGUGGAUCCAAAUGUUCUUAGGGAGAGUAUUGAGCUUAUCAAAAGCUCCGGUAUUCCUCAUGAUUUCAGGACUACUGUCGUUCCCGACUUAGUCGAUAUUGAGGAUUUGAUUGAGUGUAAGCGUCUUGCAGGUGGUAAACUUACUGUCCAGAAGUUCAGAAAAGGUGACUUCAAUUUGGAUAAGAAGUACCAUGAUAUGAAAGAGCAUACUGAUAAGGAGUUCCAAGCAUUGGUUAGAAAAGUUGAAUCUGCUUAA